UACUUUCUAACUCAAUUAUAUUUGUGUUCUAUAAAUACCUCCUAAUCUUGGCUAUAUGUUCUCACUUUCAAUCAAGCCACCACUCGCUAUCAAUAACACUUUCUCCCGUCCUUCCUUUUGGUUUCAUCUCCAAUUUGACGCAAAAUGAUGAAAGUAGUGCUGAGGGUGGACUUUCAUUGUGAAAAAAUGAAGACAAAAGCCAUGAAGGCAGUCUCUAAACUUCCAGGAGUUGAAUCAGUGUCAGUGGACAUGAAGAACAAGAAAUUGACAGUAACAGGAGACGUAGACCCGGUAAGCGUAGUGGACAAGCUGAAGAAGGUGUGUAAUACGGAGAUAAUAUCUGUGGGACCAGCAAAGGAGCCGGAGAAGAAGAAGGAUGAACCUAAGAAAGACGACAAGGCAAAGAAGGAAGAAGAAGAGAAGAAAAGACUCGAGUUAGAAGCGCAGAGGUUGGAUGAGCUCAGGAGGUUGUCUGAGUUCCAUCACUAUCAUCACUAUCAGAUGUGGCGUCCAUGUUACUGUGUAAGCAUGGUGGAAGAAGAUCCUACUAGCUGUGUUAUCUGCUAAAUGCAAUAAAGGAUAUCUAUGUAUAUUUCAUGAGACUCAAAUCAGAGAUCAGUUUGAUGUUGAUCAAUCUGAAAUUGAAGAUGCCAUUGUUUGGGUUGUAUUUCUGUUAGAUUUUGGGUGUUUGUUAUCCUCUCUGCUGUCUCCCUAGUUCUCAAAAUCUCAACCCUUCAUUUUGGCUAAUGGUUCGCGCAUUUUCAUGUAAUUCCCAGAAAUGAAAGGCUGAGAUUUUGGGUACCAGAGGUAGUAAAAAAAAAAAAAAAAGGCAACAAACACCCCAAAUCCAUUUCCGUUCAGAUCAUGACAUUUUCUCUUAAUUUCUAUUAAUUAAGAAUGUUUGUAAUGAAUUGAUUUUAUUUGAUUUUGCUGGUCUUGAUCAUUUUCAAUCUAAACAUGACUUUUUUGAGUUAAUAUCC